AUGAAGACGAACAUGUUUGCACCGUUUGAAUCUGAGCUAGAGUGGAGAGUUGCCUGCUGGGCCAUUCAGGACAGCAUAGGUCACAAAUCAUUUGAUCGACUCAUGGCGAUACCUGGGGUCUCUGAAAGACUAGGUCUCUUAUACCAUAAUAUUAGGGGAUUGCACAAGAUUGUCAACAGUGUACCUCCACAUGCUUGCUGGAAGACUCAUGAACUUUGGUUCAAGAAUGACCCAGAGCACAAACAUAUCAUCUAUCAUUGGAAUCCGAUCGACGCUGUCAAGACAUUACUUGGAAAUCCAGCACACGCAAACAAUAUUGUCUAUAGACCCAAGAGAGUUUUCACAAAUGCUUCUAGGGAUAGUAGGAUCUACAACGAGAUGUGGACUGGGGACUGGUGGAACACUGUCCAAGACAGACUUCCAGCAGGGUCUUGUGUGGCUCCAGUCAUCAUCGCCACUGACAAGACCCAGCUCACCCAGUUUGCUGGCGACAAGACUGCCUACCCUGUCUACCUUACCUUGGGGAACCUUCUCAGAGCCAUUAGAUGGAAACCAUCCCAGCAUGCCUGUAUCCUUGUCACAUACCUUUCUGUCAGCAAGAUGGUUGGUGAUGAGCUCAGCAGGAAACAAAAAUCUACCCGCAUUCAACAGCUCUUCCAUGACUCUAUGCGGAUAGUUUUGGAGCCGCUAAUAGAAGCAGGAAAAAGUGGUGUUGAGGUGACUGGAGGAGACGGUAAAGUGCGCAUGGUGCACCCAAUACUAGCAUGCUAUGUGGCAGAUUACCCGGAGCAGUGCCUGGUAACUUGUGCUAAGUACGGGACCUGUCCCAAGUGCGAGGUGGAUGAUAGCCAGAUGGGAGAUGGAGACCCGGGUCCAUGGAGGACCCAACGCAAAACCUUGAAGAUAAUAGAAGCUGCCAGGGCCAACUCUACAUCUAUCAGCAACUUUCAGGAGCGCUGCAAGCAGGACAAUGUAUCAGGAGGGGUGAGGCACCCAUUCUGGGAGGUGUUCCCACAUUGCGACAUACACAUGUCCAUCACCCCUGACAACAGAUGGUCUCACCUGGCUCAGAUAUCUGGGAAGGAGAGGAAAGACAUGAGAAGGAUACUUCUGGGGUGCAUAAUAGGGAAAGCUCCGUCUCAAAUGGUAGCCUGUUAUUGGGUGCUACUGGAUUUUAUAUAUAUCUCUCAAUAUCCUUCACACAACAAGGACUCCCUGGGAUAUCUUCAAGUGGCCUUAGAGCAGUACCAUGCCAACAAGUGCAUCUUGAUUGAUCUAGGCAUCUGCGACCACUUUAACAUCCCUAAGCUGCACUCCAUGCAGCAUUAUGCUGAGUGUAUUCGAAAUUUCGGUACUACUGAUAAUUACAACACAGAAAUGUUUGAGCAUUUCCACAUUGACUACGCAAAGGAGGGGUGGAGGGCUACCAAUUUCAGGGAUGAACUACCGCAGAUGACUCAGUGGUUGAGUCGUCAGGAAAAGGUCGCAAUGUUUGAAACCUACUUGAAGGACUAUCAUCCGACUGAAGUAGAGAGGGAGCAGGAGGAACAGGAUGCACUAGAGUCUGAAACACGUCCAGGAGUAGGGCUAGCGAUAUCCAAGAAGCCGGCAUCACCUUCUCAGCCACUCUCUAGCAUCAUAUCAAAACACAGAUGUCCUUCUUUUUUGCACCAUUUGAGGGUGUAUCUUAAUCGCUUUCUUCCCAGAGGGGAAGCCAUAUCACACAUUCAGCUCCCUCACGCACACUUACCCUUCCAUCAACUGGAUGUCUGGCACACCUUUAAAUUUUCAUUGGACACUCUUGGUAACGAUGUAGAUGGCCAGGAGGAGAUAGAUUCAGUCAGGGCUGAGCCAGGGAAAGGCAGAGCUGAGGAUGUGGGAGAUGGGAGAUUUAUGUUGUAG